GAGUCGCCGGGGGGCCGGGGCGGGGCAGAGCGGGGCGACCGGGAUGGGGCCGGCAGGGAUGGGGCGAGACGUGGUGGGACUGGCCGGGCUGGGAUCAAGCGGGAUGGGACCAGCCGGGCUUCCCCCGCGCUCCGAGGCUCUGCUCUGGGUUUGGCUCCUGCUCGGCUCCAGCUGGGGCCCGGGUCCCCCCGGGGUCGGUGCCGUUCCGCGUCCAACGGCCACCUACGUCCUGGACGCCGGCGGCGGGCUGGGCAGGCAGUUCGACGGCAUCGGCGCUGUCAGCGGCGGAGGGGCCACGUCUAGGCUCCUUGUGAACUACCAAGAACCCUAUCGCUCACAGAUUUUAGAUUAUCUGUUCAAGCCAAAUUUUGGUGCCUCUUUGCAUAUCCUCAAAGUAGAGAUCGGAGGUGAUGGCCAAUCAACAGAUGGUACUGAGCCCUCCCAUAUGCACUAUGAAAAUGAUGAGAACUACUUCCGGGGCUACGAAUGGUGGCUGAUGAAAGAAGCUAAAAAGAGGAACCCCCAAAUUAAACUGAUUGGAUUACCCUGGACUUUUCCAGCAUGGAUAGGGAAAGGUGAAAACUGGCCCUAUGACUAUCCACAUGUCACUGCUUACUAUAUUAUUUCUUGGAUAUUAGGAGCUAAACAGUAUCAUGAUCUGGACAUUGACUAUAUUGGGAUAUGGAAUGAAAGGGCAUUUAAUAGCAAAUAUAUCAAGCUGUUGAGGUACACAUUGGAUAAACAUGGACUGCAGCAGGUGAGGAUCAUAGCCAGCGAUAGACUGUGGGAGCCCAUUUCCUUUGUCUUGCUGCUUGACUCUGAGCUCCGCGACGUGGUCGAUGUCAUUGGGGCUCACUAUCCUGGAACAAAAACAGUGCCAAAUGCCUUAUUAACGCAGAAGAAACUGUGGUCUUCAGAAGAUUAUAGUACUUUCAACGAUGAAGUAGGUGCAGGCUGUUGGGCUCGGAUCCUAAACCAAAACUAUGUGAAUGGAAACAUGACCUCAACCAUUGCUUGGAAUUUAGUGGCUAGCUAUUAUGAAGACUUGCCCUUUGGUCGAUGUGGAUUAAUGACAGCACAAGAGCCAUGGAGUGGCCAUUACAAAGUAGAAGCGCCUAUCUGGAUUACAGCGCACACAACACAAUUUACUCAACCAGGCUGGUCAUACUUGCAAGUUGACGGACACUUGGAAGGAGGUGGCAGUUUUGUAGCUCUGACAGAUGGCCUAGGAAACCUCACCAUCAUAAUUGAAACUAUGACUCAUAAUCACUCUCAAUGUAUCAGGCCUCCACUGCCUCAUUUCAAUGUGUCACCUCAGAGAGCAACUUUCUACCUCAGAGGGUCUUUUUAUUUGGUGAAAACCCUUCAAGUGUGGUAUUCAAGGCUUGAUUUUGAAUCUGCAAACUCUAUUUUAUUCAAGCAACUCCAUCCUUUAGAUGUCUGGAGGGGAAGCUUUUCUAUAGACCUAGAUGUGGAUGAAGUCUACACUUUAACCACACUCAAGACAGGGCGGAAAUGUAGUUGCCCAGAGCCUCCCCCACCUCAGCCCUUUCCUUCAAAUUACAAAGAUGACUUCAAUAUUCGUAAUCCAACUUUCAGCGAAGCUCCAAAUUUUGCAGAUCAGACAGGUGUAUUUGAGUACUUCAUAAAUGGUUCUGACCCAGGAGAUCAUGUUUUCACACUCCGACAGGUGGUAGUUCAGCGACCCAUCACUUGGGUUUCUGAUGCAGACCAGACCAUCAGUAUCAUAGGAAAUUUUCGUUGGGUGAACCUGACAGUCACUUGUGACAUCUACAUAGAAAAGCAAGAUGAUGGGGGUGUGUUUAUUGCUGGAAGAGUUGACAAUGGUGGAAUAUAUGUUCGUCGUACCAAAGGAGUUUUCUUCUGGGUUUAUGCAGAUGGCACCUACAGAGUCACUGGUGACUUAGCUGGAGAAGAAGUAUUAAUGAAGGGGCUUUCUGGUGUCCGGGCCAAUGCGUGGCACACACUUACACUCAACAUCCAGGGCGCUUCUGCCUCAGGGCUGUUAAAUGGUUAUCCACUCUGGGAGAAUGUCACCAUUUCUAAACCAAGUAACGGAUGGGCUGCUAUUGGAACUCGCUCAUUUGAGUUUGCUCAGUUUGACAACUUUCAUGUUGAAGCUAGCUGAGGUGGCUUUUGCAUUUGGAGAAUGCAGUUCUCAUCUUUCUUUGAUGAAGAGACAGCUCAAACUUUGGGGACAACACUGUGAUUAUCUGAUGGAAAAGAACCUGAAUCCUCAUCCUAUUAUUUGUUAAAGGUUUACUUGACUAGUUAUAAACAUGACUAACUUUAUCCCCUGGUUGUUAUGGGAUUUUUGUUCUUAGAUUUCUGGGGGUGAACUUUAGUUCAAGGUAACAAUGAAAACAAUUUUGUGGAUUUAAAUCCUUUGAAUAACAAGAUCUUAACUUUCCAGCUCAUUUUAAGAUAACUUUGGAAGUUCAUAUAAGAUAAAGGCCUUUCAAGCUGCAUUUUUAACACUAACAUGAUUGUGUCCAUUCCUUUCACUCUCGAAGAAUUAAAUGCCAGUGGCCCCAUACUGUUGUAGGUUUAUCAUUUUCAGAUUUCAUUUAGAUGAAGAAUGUAAUUUUUCUAUGCUAAGAAAAAAGAUGUUUUGCCUGUGUUUCUGCUACAGUCUGAGGCUAGACAUUACAAUAAAUACUCCAAAUGUAUUUUAUUACUUCUUCCAACUUAGAGUGCCAGCCUUGAAAUAUAUCGUGUUUUCAGUGGAGGGGAAAUGUGCCUUACAAACUGAACAGGCAAUGCAGGAUAUGCCUUAUUUCUCAACUACCUCCUUUUUCCAAUGAAAGGAUUGAAAUGGAUUAAAAGAUACUGUAAUUUCCAGUUCAUUAUUGAAAGCUUUGUGUUUUUGUUUGCCUGGCGCAAAGAAUAAAAAUCCAGAGUCCUGGAUGCUGGCAUUCCGUGUCAGGUCAUAUAUGGAAAAAUGUCUUUUUGUUCCUAGAAGGUUUGACAUCCAUCUCUCUUUUGUGAUGAUCUAAAGCUUAGAGCAGAAAAUAAUUGAAGUAUAACAAUAUGUUAUGGAGUUGAUAAUAUUAUUCUAGCACAGAGGAAGUAUGGAUACUAUCAGGUACUUGCAUAAAAGGAAACGGGGAAAAAAAGUCCAUGCCCUUAAGUCUUUGCAACCUGUUCAUAAGGUAAGUGACAGCAGGUGGAUGCAGACAGAAUUGCGUAGUGUGUCAGACAGUGGUAUUGACAUGAGUGUCUGUUUUUAAACUUCUAGGCAUCAGGGAGUAAGAUUCUGAAGGAUCAGAAAUUCAGUCUGAAAGGAGGGACUCUUUUUCUGAUGUUUCACUUUUUUUUCCAAGUUACUGUGCUACAAAAAAAAAAAAAUCAAAAUCAUUGUCACUGUAGUGAGCUAGUGAAUUGAAUUUUCAUCAACUGGCUUGUGAAGUUUUCUGUUCAUCAUUUAGAAUGAAAAUCUCUGUUGCCAUAACAAAACAUGUCUCCUGUGUCUGUGCUUUUCACAUUCACAUCUUACUUAAUUGGCAAUCAAGUACUUCUGCAAACAUGAUAGGACACUAAUAUCUGUAUGAGGCCAUCUGUAGCAGGCAGUAUCUUUGAGAAUCUUCGAGAUUCUUUGAGAAACAGAUUUGCAGUAUACUUCAAUUUACGCUGAAUGUUAUUUGGAUCUGCUUUAUUUUGAAGGCUGAUUCCAGUAAGCAUUGACUUCAGUCUUCAAAGCUGUCACCUAAUAUAGGGUUAAUGCAGAGGGUCUCGAAAUUUCAUCUCUAGUAAGUGGAGAUGAGAAUUUUUAUUUUUGUAAGAAUUAUACUGAUACCAUUAUCAAUUGGUUAUGAAUCAUUCAUACAUGCAGAUUUCAUACGUGCAAGUAACCUUGAACAAUGGUCUAAAGCACUGAACUUUAAAAUCCUUGUAGAAGGCUUCCAGAUAUUAACUGUUUCUUUAACUGGGUUAAAAAAAUAAAAGGCAGUUUUCUACUUCUGUUUCAUUCUGGUGGUUGAAGUGUGGAUGCAAAUCUGUUCAUUAUUUGCUUGAUUUAAGAGGGGAUGUCACUGGGAACUCUAGAUGUGAAGGAAUCUAACUUUAGGUCCUCAUAUUCAAAUAAUAAUGAAUACAGGAGAAAAAGUUACCGGAAUAAACUUGUUUUAGUUGUGUGGACUGCAAGCAAUGUUUGUAUAAGAUUAGCAAUGAUGAAGUUAUUCCAAAAGAGUUGUCCUUUUUUUAGUACCUUUUAAUGCACUAAUGUAAUAAACUACUGUUGUUAUAUUGUGUACUAAACACAGUGUAUUUUAUCACUGGAAAUGUUGAUUAUUUUUUCUAAUCUUAAUUUAUUAAUGUUAGAGGAUUAAACUGUUAUGAACAGAGUAAGUGAUUUAAUGGUGAUAUAAUGUUAUUCAUCUGUACGUCUGUAAUUCUUCACCCUUCAGCAGGCUGUAAUAUGCUUGGUAAUAACAAGCUGUCAGGUCUUUCAUUGAGGGGUAGAUUUAUGUUGUUGAUUAUAAAUACUAAUCAUUCCAAAUGGACAAAUAAAGCACUUAAAAACCC